UUCUCUCUGUUGAAACUAAAAAGACACGGCCGAUUCAUCAUUUGUCUGCACUUUAAAAACAAAUUUUAUGUUUCAAAUCUUUCUUCAAUCACUAAUCUUUUUUGUGGUGGAUUUCGGAUGAUUAUUGAAGAAACCAGUUUAUUGGAUAGCAGAGCUGUAACGUCGAUUCAGAGGGGAUUUCGAUUCAAAGCAUUAUUGGAAUAAGAAGAUUGCGAAGAAUUUUGGGUGGUGCAAUUGUUUUGGUUUUAUAGACAAGGAAGAAGAAGAAGUAGGAAAAACCACCCUUGGCUAUGAGUUCAGAGAAGGAAGUGAAUGGGGUUUCUGGGCGGCGAUUAUCCUGCUCCACCUGCUUCGACGCUCUCUGGUUUUGCUAUUCUCCAGUUCAUCAAAUGCAGCAAUAUUAUAGACUUGGUCAACUUGACAACUGUUCUCAGAAAUGGAAUGCUCUUUUUGAUUGUCUCAGUUUGAAGACAAAGCGGUCUUCUGAGGUCCAGGAAAUUCUGGAAACUCGUGAGAAAGAAAAAACUCAUAUCUGGACUUUCCGGACCCAAGAGGAAGCUUCAUCUAAUUGGAAAGAAGUAUUUGGACAUCUAGAUGAAAUUGAAUGACAUAAAGAUAGCUGAGACACUCUAUGGCCUUCCCAAUUUUAUUUUUGGCCUUUAUUUGAAUGUAUGUUUUACAAUACAUUUUAUUUAAAUUUAUCUGCAGUUUUUCUUCCCUUUGAAUAUAGUGGGAGAUGUUUUGCUUGAAUUUUAAGUUCUUGGUGGCUCAUAUUCUUCGAAUAAAUGAAUUUCAAUUAUACUUAUAACUAUUA